GAAAAAUAGGACCACCAAAACUGAAUCUCUCAAGGCAUGGCGAUAAAAUCAUAGUUGAUAUUUACCAUCCUGCAUUCCCAUCUGAUGAAGUUCUUCCUUGGAUCAGAGAUGAUUUUUCAGAGCUCGUGUAUGUGGUGACUACUUGGGAUAGUAAAAAUCAGAGUAGAGACAAGUUCCGUGAAGACAACUGUUGGACAUCUGAAUGUAGUCUCCACAUUCCAGUUCCUGACGAAGGUUCCACUUACUGUGUUUCAGUGCAGGGAAGUUUAUAUGACGAUGUGAUGGUUGGCGCCCCAUCAGAAGAAAGCUGCAUUCAUAUUCCUGUGAAGGACACAUCGAGCACAAAAUAUGUCAUCAUUCUGUGUGGUGUUGUUCUGAGCCUGAGUCUGACGUUGUCAGUAUGUUGUGGCUGCAAGAAACUAAGGAAGAAGAACAUAAAACUGCCUAAGUCUUUGGUCAGUGUGAUAAGAAACCUGAACACAGGCAGCAUUCUAGAAUCAAAAUCAGAGGCAAAAUACGUAUCUGUAAUAAGCUUCAUGCCAGGCCAGUCAGCGUUGCCAGUGAAUGAUGAAGUAACCUCGCUGGAGGUAGAGCCAAAAGAAGAAACUGUUAGUCCGGAGAAUUCCAGUGAAGGAGCAUCUUCUGUUCCUCUGCCAGAGGCACCGGCUGAAGCAGAAGAGGUGUCUGUGCAGGAAAGCACACAGGAGGUAUCUUCGGAUGAUGAACAGAAUCACAAAGUAAAAGAGAGUUAUUUCAUUUCUGACAGUAGCCAAAUGGAUAUAUGCAGUAACUCUUCAGAGCCAGAGGUUUCUGCCACAGAAAUACAGCAAACAGUCAUUCCAAGCAGCUGUCUCAAGUUUUCUGGCUAUGACAAGCCUCAUGUUCCAUUAGAUAUGUUGAUAGAUGUUGGUGAAGAACAGCCUGUGAUUGCUUACAGGCCAACUGACUAA